AUGGACCCCCAACAGAGAACCCGACAGAGCGAAGGGUCCGCCGCUCCACGUAGCAGCAGCACUACUUCUUCGGGAUUAUAUUUAUCGGCUGGCGGCAAACGAGAGCAGGUCAAAGCCACGGUCCGGAAUGUGCUGAGACGCAAGAAGGAAGAGGAGGAUAUAACACCUCGGAACUUCGCCCGACGUCAAGGUACGCACUCCCUCGCCCGACGUCAAGGUGUGUCUUCCAACGACGAGGGUCCCGCGGAGGAGAGUCCCAGUCGAUGGAACCCAUUUUUCCGAAGGCACCACAACAAUGUGCUUGAGAGCAGCAAGAGCAGCGUGUGGAAGAAGGCGAUCCACCGCAUCCAGGGCGGGCGGAGUGCUGACAGCGAUACGAGCACGAAGGCAACUGACUCGCGGAUGCAGUCUGCGUCGCCGGAGCACUAUAGUGCGCGACACGGUGCGCGCAGUUCGGUACCCACGAGUUCAGCGCCUAGUGUGCACGGCGGCUCAGCGCAGGUUGCUAGAGUGGCUGUGGUUUCCGCGUCUACGAGUCAGCUGCCGAGUCAGUUUGGAUCGCAGCGUAGCGAGGCUGCCCCUCGUCCGACACUGCGCAGCUCGAACCGCUACUACGUACAGCAGACGCCUCAGAACACACGUGUGCGUGCCGCCUCCCGUCCGCGCUCGGUGGCUAGACAGAGCAUCAAAAGCAAACAACCAUAUUUGACCGAGAAGGGUACUCCGGUGGACCUGACUCGUUUCUUUGACCCGAAGCCGUGGAACCCCUCCAGAUUUACUCGCUUGCAAAGACUAGCUCCCGCUAUUCACGGCGAGGUCAGCCUCUUCCACGACAACGUGGAGAACCGGAAGGUGGUAAUCAAACAGCUCACCAACAGCAGUGUGCGACCUCGCGGCCCUCAAGAGCUCGAGAACCCACUCGUUGAAAUUGGUGCCAUGAGCUACCUCUUUAGCGACCGUGCGGUUUAUCCUGUCGAUUUGAUCGCGAAACUCGAAGGUGUCUAUCGUGAUGACCUUCACACAUACCUCGUCACAGAGUACUGUACCGACGGCGAACUCUUCAAGGAGAUUGUCAAGCGCAAAAGUCUCAGCGAACGACAUGUGAAGGCCAUCGCCCUGCAAUUGGCUCUGGCCCUGCAUUCACUGCACAAGAACGGCAUCUGCCAUCGUGACGUCUCUCUCGAAAAUACUCUCAUCCAGUCGGACCACACCGUUCGCCUCAUCGACUUCGGUCAGGCUGAGUGCUGUCAUGAACCUGAUGGUAGCAUGAAACUGAUGCAUGGUUCUGCAGGUAAGGCCUACUACCGCGCACCAGAAAUGCUACGUGGUCCCUACCAUGGCCCGCCCGUUGACGUCUUUGCUCUUGGUGUCGAAAUCUUCAUCAUGGCCAUCGGCUCGCCCCCCUGGGCUAAGGCUUCCCUACAAGACCAACGCUACCGAAGCCUCACCAAAUAUAGAACCUCCCUCGACAUCUCGCUGCGCAAAUGGGGCAAGCGAGAUGGACUCAGCGACGCAUUCGUCGACAUCCUAUCAACCAUCUUCACCAGCAACCCCCAACAGAGACCUACCAUCGAACAACUACUCUGUCACCCCUGGUUCUCUUGUAAAUGA